AUGUAUGCUUUCUUGGGACCUAACUUGACUUUAACUGUUAUUAUCUCAUCUGGUUUGUUAGAUCAGGUAGAACAGCUUUUGCAGGUGUUGAAAGAGUUCAAGGUUGCAAUUGGUUGGACCAUUGCAAACAUUAAGGGUAUCAGCUCGGCAUUUUGUAAGCAUAAAAUUCUACUAGAAGAUGGUCACAAACCUUCCAGAAAACAUCAAAGAAGGAUGAACCCCAACAUGGAAGAAGUCGUGAAGAAGGAAGUGAUCAAGUGGUUAGAUGUGGUAAUCAUUUUUCCCAUCUCUGACAGCAACUGCAUUAGCCCAAUUCAGUGUAUGCCAAAGAAAGGUGGAAUUACUAUUGCGCAAAAUGAGAACAACGAGUUGAUCUCAACACGAACAAUCACGGGAUGGCGAAUUUUUUACGGUCAGAUGAAUGAACCGCCGGGAGCUCUUGCGUCGGAUGGACGUCAAGUGGUUGAUAUUAUCCCUCCCGGACCAGAACUUCUUGUUUCCGAGGGCGAAUCUAGAUGGCGGUUUAUAACAAAUUUUUCCAAGAUUGCUAACCCUUUGUGUAAAUUUCUUGAAAAAUAUCACCUCUUUGUGUUUUCUGAUGACUCCGGGGUAGCUUUUGAGGAAUUGAAGAAGAGGCUAGUAUAUUCACCUAUCAUAGUUGCACCCGACUGGGAGCAACCAUUUGAGCUGAUGUGUGAUGCAAGCGAUUAUGUUGUCGGAGCAGUGUUGGGGCAGCGAAACGAGAAGGUCAUGCACCCAAUCUACUAUGCAAGUAGAACCCUGAGUGGUGCCCAACUAAACUACACAGUGACCGAGAAGGAAAUGCUAGCACUGGUGUUCACAUUUAACAAAUUCAGCUCUCAGGGAAAGGAGAACCAAGUGGCAGAUCACUUUUCCAGGUUAGAAAGAGCGGAGAAGAAGGUUGAGGUAGAAGAGAUUGUGGAAACUUUCCCGGAUGAACAACUGUUGGCCACAUGCCUUGAGGUAGCGCCAUGGUAUGCAGAUAUUGAUGAGCCUUAUCUGUUCAGGAUUUGUGUUGACAACAUGAUCCAGAGAUGUAUUCCCGAGAUAGACCAAUCUUCUAUUUUGCAGGCUUGUCACGCAUUCCCAUAUGGUAGCCAUUUCGGGAGAGUAAGGAUAGCUGCGAAAGUGUUGGGGUCGGGCUUCCAUUGGCCGACAUUGAUCAAUGAUGCACACUUCUGGGUGAAGUGUUGUGAUAAAUGCAACCGGACCGGGAACAUUUCCCGCCGACAUGAGAUGCUCAUGAACCCAAUUCAGGAGGUGAAAGUAUUUUAUGUAUGGGGAAUCGAUUUCAUGGGGACUUUUGUCAGCUCAUAUGGCAUCAAGUACAUACUCGUAGCUGUGGACUAUGUAUCAAAAUGGGUGGAAGCUGUGGCACUCCCUUCAGAUGAUGCAAAUGGAGGCAUUGGUUUUUUGAGAAAGAAUAUAUUCCUCCGGUUUGGCACUCCAAGGGCAAUAAUUAGUGAUGGAGGCACUCACUUCUGCAACAGAGCCCUCGCAAAGUUGUUAGAAAAAUAUGUUGUGCGCCACAAGGUUGCCAGUAAUAAGUUAUAA